CUGGAAGAUGGACGCACCUUGUCGGACUACAACAUCCAGAAAGAGUCCACCCUCCACCUGGUGCUCCGUCUCAGAGGUGGGAUGCAAAUCUUUGUGAAGGCCCUGACUGGCAAGACCAUCACCCUCGAGGUCGAGCCCAGCGACACCAUUCAGAAUGUCAAGGCAAAGAUCCAAGACAAGGAAGGCACCCCCCCUGACCAGCAGAGGCUGAUCUUUGCCGGGAAGCAGCUGGAAGAUGGACGCACCCUGUCUGACUACAACAUCCAGAAAGAGUCCACCCUGCACUUGGUCCUGCGCUUGAGGGGAGGUGUCUAAGUUUAAGCUUUCAACAAAUUUCAUUGCACUUUUCUUUCAAUAAAGUUGUUGCAUUCCC